AAUGGGGUCUGUUUUUUCUAUCUGGGUCUUUUUGAUCUAGGUUUUAAGGGCAUCUGGGUAUUCAUCUCCAAGUUAAAGUUGGAACCUUUAUUGGGAUUACAGUAGCUUUGUUUAGGAUUUUGAAUUGAAAUGGCUCGGUUGGUUCUGCCAUGCAAGAGUUCGGCUUUUGUGAGGACCAGUCUUCUGGGAUUGAUCUCAUCUGCUCCUCGUCACAGCCGUGUUAGUUUCUUGAGGAAUUCAGCAAAACAAGUUUCCAGAUAUCGCUUUCUUACUUCAGAGGCUGUGUGCCGAAGGAAUUGUCGCUUUCCAUAUACUUCAGUACCGAGAGAUAGGCAAGGAAGCAGUAGGUUAAUCUGUUCAGUUGCCACAGAAACCGUGCCAGAGCAAUUCGAAGAGUCUAAAAUGGGUACACCAAAGGAAAUCUUUUUGAAGGAUUACAAAAUGCCUGAUUACUACUUUGACACGGUGGAUUUGAAAUUUUCACUUGGUGAGGAGAAAACAAUUGUUACUUCAAAAAUAGCUGUGUUUCCCAGAGUUGAAGGCUCCUCUUCCCCAUUGGUCUUGGAUGGGAAAGAUCUUAAGUUGCUCUCUAUUCGCAUCAAUAGCAAGGAUUUAAAGGAGGACGACUACCAAUUGGAUUCGCGCCACCUGACGAUAAAAUCACUACCUAGUGGUACAUUUACUUUAGAAAUUGAAACAGAGACGUAUCCCCAGAAGAACACAUCAUUAGAGGGUCUUUACAAGUCAUCUGGGAAUUUCUGUACUCAGUGUGAAGCUGAAGGUUUUCGUAAAAUCACAUUCUAUCAGGACCGUCCUGAUAUAAUGGCAAAAUAUACAUGCCGCAUAGAAGCUGAUAAAUCAUUAUACCCAGUGUUGUUGUCUAAUGGAAAUCUCAUAGAGCAGGGAGACCUGGAGGGUAACAAACAUUAUGCUCUUUGGGAGGACCCCUUCAAGAAACCCUGCUACUUGUUUGCUUUGGUUGCUGGACAGCUUGAGAGUAGAGAUGACACAUUUGUUACUCGAUCAGGUCGGACGGUGGCCUUGAGGAUUUGGACCCCAGCUCAAGACGUACCAAAGACUGCACAUGCCAUGUAUUCACUAAAGGCGGCUAUGAAAUGGGAUGAGGAUGUUUUUGGUCUUGAGUAUGACCUGGAUCUCUUCAACAUUGUAGCUGUUCCAGAUUUUAACAUGGGAGCUAUGGAAAACAAGAGCUUGAAUAUCUUCAAUUCCAAACUUGUCUUGGCAUCUCCACAAACUGCUUCUGAUGGAGAUUAUGCUGCCAUUUUGGGAGUCAUUGGCCAUGAGUAUUUCCAUAACUGGACUGGCAACAGAGUGACAUGUCGUGACUGGUUUCAGCUCAGCCUGAAGGAGGGUCUUACUGUGUUCCGUGAUCAGGAAUUUUCAUCUGAUAUGGGUAGUCGCACUGUAAAGCGGAUUGGUGAUGUUUCCAAACUCAGAACUUAUCAGUUUCCACAGGAUGCUGGUCCCAUGGCUCAUCCUGUGCGGCCACAUUCUUACAUCAAGAUGGAUAACUUCUAUACAGUGACGGUGUAUGAAAAGGGAGCUGAAGUGGUCAGGAUGUACAAAACCUUACUCGGGACUGAAGGAUUCCGAAAGGGUAUGGAUCUUUACUUCAAGAGACAUGAUGGACAAGCUGUAACCUGUGAAGACUUUUUUGCUGCCAUGCGAGAUGCCAACAAUGCAGAUUUUGCUAACUUCUUACAAUGGUACUCCCAGGCUGGGACCCCUGUUGUCAAAGUUGCAUCGUCUUACAACGCUGAAGCCCGUACUUUUUCUUUGAAAUUUAGUCAAGAGGUACCACCAACUCCAGGGCAGCCUGUUAAAGAACCUAUGUUCAUUCCAGUGGCAGUAGGUUUGCUUGAUUCAACUGGCAAGGAGAUUUCCCUCUCCUCUGUGUAUCAUGAUGGGACAUUGCAAUCUAUUGCUAGCAAUGGUCAGCCAGUCUACACAACAGUUCUUAGAGUAACGAAGAAAGAAGAAGAGUUUGUCUUCUCUGAUGUAUCUGAGCGGCCCAUUCCAUCUCUACUACGCGGAUAUAGUGCACCUAUUCGUCUGGAAACUGAUCUCACUGAUGACGAUCUCUAUUUACUCCUCGCUUAUGAUUCAGAUGGAUUCAAUCGCUGGGAGGCGGGACAAGUGCUGGCGCGUAAGUUGAUGCUAAGUUUGGUUGCUGAUUUUCAACAAAACAAACCUUUGGUCUUGAAUCCUAAGUUUCUGCAUGGGCUCAAAAGCAUACUAUCCGACUCUAGCUUGGAUAAAGAAUUUGUUGCAAAAGCAAUAACUCUGCCUGGCGAAGGAGAGAUAAUGGAUAUCAUGGAAGUUGCAGAUCCUGAUGCUGUUCAUGCUGUUCGAACUUUUAUAAAGAAGCAGCUUGCGAAUGAACUGAAAGCAGAGCUUCUUCGCACAGUUGAGAACAACAGGAGCUCAGAAGAGUACGUGUUUGACCACCCUAAUCUGGCCAGACGUGCUCUGAAGAAUAUUGCUCUUGCAUAUCUUGCAUCCCUUGAAGAUUCAACAUGCACUGAGCUUGUGCUACAUGAGUAUAAGGCUGCCACAAACAUGACCGAUCAGUUUGCAGCUUUGGCAGCCAUAGCCCAAAAUCCUGGUAAAGCUCGUGAUGAUGUUCUGGCUGACUUCUAUAGCAAGUGGCAGGAUGACUAUUUGGUUGUGAAUAAAUGGUUUGCACUUCAAGCCGCGUCUGACAUUCCCGGUAAUGUUGAGAAUGUGCGGAAGCUCUUAAGCCACCCAGCAUUUGACUUGGGUAAUCCAAACAAGGUGUACUCACUGAUUGGGGGUUUCGGUAGUUCUCCUGUGAACUUUCAUGCGAAGGAUGGAUCAGGCUACAAGUUUUUGGGAGAAAUCGUGACUGAAUUAGAUAAAAUAAAUCCUCAGGUGGCCUCCCGCAUGGUGUCAGCCUUGUCAAGGUGGAAGCGCUUUGAUGUAACCCGGCAAAACCUUGCCAAGGCACAGCUGGAGAAGAUAUUGUCCACCAAUGGACUAUCAGAAAACGUGUUUGAGAUUGCUUCGAAGAGCUUGGCUGCUUGAAUUUGGAGAAAUCACAUACAUGUGUAUCAUUCGACUUGUAUGGAAUAAACACCCUUGGACUUGUUAUGAUGGAAGGGGUAUCUCACCAAGAUGUUUUGCUCUCUCUUUUUUAUAAAGUACUACAGAAAUACUGGAUACGCAGACCACUUUAGUGGGAUAUAAAAUUCCUUGCUCUUUCUAAAA